AUGAAGUGGGACUUGCUACAAUCUGGUGGCUGGGGAAAGUCUGAUUGCUCAGACAUCAGCGAUAGGACUGACUCAUUGCUAGCACACGGUACUAAGUACAUCUGUACUGACAGCUGCUUUACGGGACUACAGGAACAACUUUUCGUGAAGAAUAAUCAAGAUGAUUCUGCAAUUAGUACUUCCUGUCCAUACAACAACCCUCAAGUCACUGAUGCACCUGACAGCCCAGGAGAGAGGAGAGAUGGCUCGGAGUUUUCUGCCAGAUCGUACCAGGUGGAGCUGUUUAAGCUUGCUAAGAAGCAGAAUUCCAUUCUUGUUCUUGGUACAGGGUCUGGAAAGACUUUUAUAUCUAUUCUUCUUAUCAGGGAACUUGCUGAACAGAUCCGUGGGUCAUUGUCGAAUGGCAGUAAGCGUACAGUGUUUGUUGUGAACACUGUUCCUCUGGUCCAUCAGCAAGCAAUUGCAAUAGAAAACCACACAGGACUAAAUGUUGGCAAAUAUGAAGGGUCAAUGGGUGUGGAUUAUUGGACUGAUGAUCAGUGGUUGGAGCAGCUGGAGAAGAAUGAAGUAUUGGUAGUGGUUGCACAAAUAUUUCUUGAUCUUAUUCUUCAUGCCAGGCUGCCACUGUCAUCAGUGAAUCUCGUUAUCAUGGAUGAAUGUCAUCACACCACAGGUAAUCACCCUAUGCGAGAGAUCAUGAGACAGUAUGAAAAAUUGAAGAACUCAUCCUCUGAAAAAUGCCCUAGAGUUCUUGGGCUUACAGCUUGUGUUAUUCAUCGUAAAUGCAGAAAGCAUGAUGUGUUGGACAUGAUGAAAAAACUGGAAGCUGCGAUGGAUUGUGCAUUAGCAACGACUAUUGAUCAAGAUGAAGUUAUUAAGCAUAGUACCGGUCCAAAGGAGAUAAUAAUUUGUUACGGAUCUGAAGAAAUUACAGAGUACCAAGAUAUAAUCUAUAAUCAGUUACAAGGAAUCAUAGAUGACGUAAAUGAACAAAAAAAUAUUGAAAAGAAGUACAAGAAAGUGGUAAAUAAGAAAAUAGAAAACAUUAGGUACAUUAUGAGUCAUCUUGGAGACUGGUGUGUGGCUCGGGCAAUUAAGUACGAGAUAGACCAUUUUGAUGAAAUUGAAAAGAUAGAGGAUGUACCAGCAGUUCGGGAAUUGAUGAGCUUGCUGAGCAGGAGGUUGGGGAAGAUACAUGAAUUUUGUACAAAAGAGGAAUCAACCAUGAACCCUCUUUUUCAUGUUACCAAGAAAGUUAAGAGACUAUUUUCAAUAUUUCGUGCAUGUAACACAAAGGUAUAUGGAUUGAUCUUUGUUGAGAGGAGAAACACUGCCAAGAUCCUGUAUGAUUUACUUUUGGAAGCUGCUAAAAGGGCUGAAGAUCUUGAAUUUGUUAAGCCUUUGUAUGUUGUUGGUUCAAAUACCCGCUUGGGUGUUGACCUUCGUUUGGCUCAAUUAGAACUUCGAAAGCAGAAAGAAACAUUAAAUAAGUUUCGUAAUGGCGAUUGCAAUUUCAUAGUGUCAACUAGUGUCUUGGAGGAAGGUGUGGAUAUUAGACAGUGUAAUAUUGUUUUACGCUUUGACAAGCCAAUGAAUUAUCGGGCAUAUGUACAGUCAAGGGGGAGAGCACGUGCACAUCCCUCUAGGUAUGUACUUAUGGUGGAGGAGAAUAGUCUGCGUGACAUGCUGGAGACAGUGGAAGUGUACAGGGAAAUUGAAGCAUCUUUGACAAAAUUAUGCCACAAUCGUGAAUUGCCUACGAGUGAAGAAAUACGCUUGCAUUUUUCUGAAGAUGAAUAUAUUUCUCCUUAUGAGCCAUUUGGACCAGAUGGACCCAAAGUCACUGCAAAUUCUGCCAUUUCACUCAUUAAUGUGUAUUGUGGUAAUCUUCCACAGGAUAAGUUUACAGUAUUGGCACCAGAAGUUGUUUAUGAAGAGACAGACAAUGGAGUUGUGGCCGAAAUAAAGCUACCUAUUAAUUCAACCCUGAAGGACAAAAUCCGUGGGGAUUGUAUGGAGAAUAAAGACCUUGCCAAAAAGAGUGCUGCACUGUAUCUUUGUAAAAAGUUGCAUGAAAUGAAAGAAUUGGAUAAAUACUUAAGGCCAGCAGAGGUAUUAGAUGAUAGUAUACUAGAUGGUCUGGUGGAAGUUCCACUUGAAGGAGUAAAGGAGGGGGAACCUGAGCCUGGUACAAAGAAGCGACGUCAAGUCUAUGAUAAGGAGGUGUGCGAGGCAUUUACCCAUUUCCAUGAAGGAAACUACAAGUUGUAUUCAAUUAUCAUUCAGCCAAAGGGCACACCCCAUACUAAUUUAGUAAUUGAUUCCUCCAAGAGUGAUGUAACGAUGGGAUUGAUUUGUAAAAAAGAAUUGAUUCGUUGUCCAUUCCCACUCUACUUUUCUAAAUGGGGGGAAGUGGAAGUCAAGGUGAAAUUUGUUAAGGAACUUGUAGAACAAAGUUCUGAGCUGAUGAGUAAAAUUGAACAUUUCCAUAAGCUAGUUUUUGAGACACUAUUGCACAUCAAUACCUCACUAUUUGUCUUUGAUUCUAAAAGCUCAGGAGUAUUUAUUGUGCCAAUAGGAAAAACUGGCACAAUUGACUUAGAUGUUCUAAAUCAGAUAUUCCCAUUGACAUCUCUAAGAUUGCCCAAUAUGUUUAGAUCACAAACAGGAAGUUUCCAGUUUGAGAGAUCUACUUUUGAGGAUGCUGUAAUUUACCCAGUGUAUAUGCAAAACACUGACCUGUUCUAUGUUACUGAAAUAUUUAAUGAUAUAAAUCCACAAAGUGAGUUUCCAGAAUUAAAGCAAAUAUUCUCUUCUUAUGCACAAUAUGUCUUUCAAAGAUAUGCUAAGAGGACCACUAAUCUCCAACAGCCUUUAAUAGCGGCAAAGCACCUACCAAAAGAACUCAACUACUUAAAAAAGCUGCCAGAUACUUGUAAGAAGACUGAUCAGAAGACUGGACGUGAACCUGCCAAGUACAUUCCUGAACAUUGUGUCGUACUGCCUCUGAAAGCCUCUCUCUGGUGGCAGAUCAUGUGUAUCCCGUCAAUUCUUCAUCGUCUGAAUAGUUUAAACUUGGCCCAUCAACUGAAUGUUACCAUGAAUGCCCCAAAUUAUAAUACACAGGAUUCAGAGUAUUCAGAAAUAAAUUUUAAUUGGACUGAAGAAAUAAUUGCAAGAACAAGAGAUGAUCGUGAAAAAAAUUUGUCUGCGUCAUUAGUAAAAAAGAAGAGUGACUAUAUCCAUCCAUUUGUAAUAGUUCAAGCUCUCACACUUUGUGCCGUUCAUGACAAUGUGGAUCUGGAAAGAUUGGAAGUUCUCGGAGAUAGUUUCCUCAAAUACAUCACUGCAGAAUAUUUAUAUUUGAAGGACACCAAGCAUCAUGAAGGAAGACUCUCUCUGCGCCGUGGCAAGCUGGUUUGUAACAGGACUCUGUAUUCCCUGGCAAAGAGCAGAAAAAUACCACAGAAGAUCCAGUCUAUCAAUCUGACACCCUCAACAAAUGGCUUCCUGCCAGGCUUUUUAGUCAAGCCUGACAUUGAACAACAUCUUAGAGACUUGAAUCUUCCCAAUAACAUUUGGUCCAAUCUAUCUGACUUUGAUGAUUUGGAUAAACUAAAAGAGGAGGUGGUUAACAAGUUAAGGCAGAUGAAUGAGGAGAAGAAUGUGGGGAUGUGUUACAACCCAUGGAAAGAGCACCUUGUGUCAGACAAGAGCAUAGCAGACAGCGUUGAAGCUCUGAUUGGGGCUUACCUGCUUGUUGGUGGUAAUGAAGCAGCUGUCAAUUUUCUUCAUAAGUUGGGCCUAGGUGUUUAUAAUAAUGAGUCGCUGCUGAAAUCACAGCUAGAGAUCGCGUCUCCAGUGCUGAGCAAAGAGUCAUGGGUAGGAUGUGAAUUAAGAAGACUUUACAAGAUUGCUUGUCUUGAUCGAUUAGAGAACAAAAUACAAUAUCAUUUCAGCAAUACAGGUUUUAUUGUGCAGGCUGUAACUCACAGCUCUUAUUCUUCCAACAAGGUUACUGAUUGCUACCAGAGGCUGGAGUUCCUGGGUGAUGCAGUGUUGGACUACUUGGUGACAGGACACGUGUACUCUCAUCAUUCUUCGUUUUCCCCUGGGCAGAUAUCCGACUUAAGAUCACAUUAUGUCAAGAAUGAAACUCUGGCCAGAGUUGCUAUAGACAAGAAGCUUCACAAACAUUUACUUUACCUGGCACCCAAACUAGAGGCUUCUAUUGAUAAGUUCCUGAAAAUUUGUGAAGACUCCUACAUGGAAGAUACUCUGAAUACGGAAGCAGACGAGGUGGAUGGAGAGGAUGUUGAUGUGCCUAAAGCAUUAGGUGAUCUUGUUGAAGCCAUCAUUGGAGCUGUGUAUCUUGACAGUGCGAGAUCUCUCGAGAAAACCUGGGAGGUAAUAAAAGUACUUAUGGGAGAUAUAAUGGAGAAGUCCCUCACAAGCAUCCCUUUGAAUUACGUGCGCGAGCUGUAUGAGAGUGCUCCAGGGAAAGUUAAAUUUGAAAAAGUUCCUCGUCUCGAAAAUGACGACUUUGCUAAGUACUGUGUGCAGAUUGACGAUUUACCACCUCUUUUCGGUAGAGCGAAAAAUUAUAGAACAGCAAAGAUAGCAGCAGCAAAACUGGGACUUCAAAAGUUACAAUCCAUUAGAAGCUCCUGAGAACCUGUUGUUUGGCUUUGUUUAAUGAGCAGAAUCUAGUUGGUAACUGCACUUAAAUCAUUAUUCUUGGUGGCUCCCCAUGGUGGCUUUCUGAAUCUAUCUUGCUGAGAUUUAUCCAUGCUAAAAGUCAUAUAAAUUGCAGAAGUUGUGUUUGACCUACCAGAGAUAGAAACAGAACCUAGUGUCCCUCACAGAGGUGCAGGAAGUGGGUGACAAUCUUUCACCUCACCAGUCCAGCCUCCAGAAAGGCAGUGAAACUUACAGGCAACUGGAGGGUUCACAAAAAAACGAAGCCAUGAAACUACCUGAUAACACUGCAAAUUAUUCACAUAGAGCAAGGAAUUUACUAAAAUUAGCUCAAAACUUCUUUGGUACAGAUCACAACCACCAGGCAGUCUGGUUCCAGCCUGCAGCUAGUUUCCCCUCAUUACCCAGUUCUAUUGCUAAUGUUAAAGUGGAAAGUUCCACCUGUAGUGCUCAAGUCCACAAAUCAUGGACAAGCCCUGCCAUUUCCAGCUCCAUGCCAUCCUUAUGUGGAGUUUGUUCAUUCUGCGGGGAACCAUUUGCUUGUUUUUGAGUUCCUAAUUUUAGUGUUACCUUCUCGUGCAUAUUUUCUGUCUGGCUUGUUGUGAGAGUUUGGUUUUCAUUCCAUUUUAGGUUACAUGUGCUGAGGGUUUUCUUCCCUGGGUGUCCACUAACUGCCCUUGCAGUGUUAUUUUUUCUUGUGUGUUUGGAAGUUCACUCCAGAGAGGCCAGGCUGCCGGGGUGGAGAUUCCUUGCGUAGGGGAAGGAAUCCCCACCUAGGGGUAAUUACGAAUCUUUGAUUCCUCUGUUUGGACCCUUGGAUGGGACAUUCUUUUGGUUGUGUUGGGCAUACUGGGGUUUAUGUGUUUUCAAUGUGGCAUGCUGCAGUUGCCAUUUGUGGCCUGCCUGUUUUGGCUGCAUUUAAUGUGUGUUCUUCUGGCAAGCAGUCACAGUGCCUGAGGCUUCUGCUUGGUUAACUGUCUUCAGGCCCUGGCAAUUCCCUUGUGAAUCUCGGGCAUGGUCUAUUAUAGAUCGUCCCAUCAAGCCCAUGCUUAGCCGAGUGCGAACUUGAAGGGUGAUCAUUCCUUCUGCCUGGUGUGUUCUCUCUGGGUCACUGCCCUUACAGGCAUCUGCCACUUUGCAAGCUGUGUUUGCUCGGAUUAUGCAUUUGUGAUAUAUUUUAUCUGGAUGCCCCAGCAUUGGCCCCUUAUGGUGUUUAGAGGCGUGGCAUUGGAGGUGUUGACCUCCAUCUGUACUAAGUCUGUGCAUCUUGUUCUUUUCCCUGCAGGUGUAGUUCCAGCUCUGAAAUAUCUGAGAGUUAUGGAGUCAGAGUUCAGCUCAGGGUGUAGUUCAGACUUCUUUGGGGUGGUUUCAUCCUCUUCUCUUUGGAAGGACACUUUCCUUUGUAGGCAUUAGGUGAGGACUUUGGCUCUGCCCUGGAGCCUUUGUGGCAGACUGCUGGGACUGAGGGGGAGAGCCCAAGGAUGGCCCAUUGGUGCCCGUCAACCAUUUGUGUACAUAGUUCUCCACUGUGGAGGGUUUUGUGCUUCGUGGGGAUAAUCUUUCUUAUCCUUCAUCUGUGUAUGAGUAUGAUUGCUCGGCUGCUUCCCCUUUUCAUUUCUAGAUCUCAUUUGGUGCCUCAGUUUUCUUUCUUCUGGAGGUUUCUAUUUUUCUGUGUUACAUCUUUGGUAGUUCGCAUGAACUUGUUUCAGUACCUCCCUGCAGAACUUGAACCUCUUUUUUUCUCUCUCUCUCUCCCCUGAUGGACUUGGUCAUUUUAAGUAUUGUCUGUCUUGGCUUAUUGGAUGCAGUAUGAAGUCUUGGAUUCAUCCUUUCUGACUGACCACACCCUCUCUUCCUUGAAGGCUUGGUAGGUGUUAGAGGUCUGUCAGACCUGAGCGCUUGAUUAGCAGGAGGCAAGUUCUGUCUUCAAAGUGUUCCUGGGCGGUGCUUCUUAAACUCCUCUCAAGCACAGCUGCCUGUUUGCUCCGGCACUUCCCGAGGAUAUGGGCAAGUGCCAGCUCUACAUGUGCAGCUGCCUUGAGGUUAUCUUGAGAUGAUUUCGGGGCUUAGUGUCCCCGCGGCCUGGUCCUCGACCAGGCCUCCUCCCCCAGGAAGCAGCGCAUAGCAGCUGUCUAACUCCUAGGUACCUAUUUACUGCUAGGUAACAGGGGCAUCAGGGUGAAAGAAAUAUUUUGCCCAUUUGUCUCCGCCUCCACCGGGGAUCGAACCCGGAACCUCAGGACUACGAAUCCGAAGCACUGUCCACCCAGCUGUCAGUCUCCACUCCACUCCACAGCCUGCACUGUUUGGAACCCUUAAUGCAGAGAACCACAGGGCACAUUUAUACUUAGGUCUUGCAUGUUUAGGACUUCAUAGAGGGAUUUGGAACAACUCUGUGAGAACAUGGUGUUGUUAGGUUCUGCUCCAGGUGUGGAGGCCUUUAGGCCUGUGGUUCCAGCCUUGGCAGCUAAUCCAAGAUGCACACCCUUCUCCUUCAGGAGGCUGUGGAGGUAUUGUAUUCGGCCCAUCUCAUAUGUCGACAAGCCAUGUUGGCCCAUUCGUUAGUUUCGGCUUGGUCUCUUACCCUUUUGUCUGCAUCCUCCCUUCUCACCUCUCCUCUUCCCUGAGGAUGUCAUCGCAAAAAUUUGAUCUGCUGCAGCUCUUGCACCUCCUUGAUCAUUUGUUGUUUUCUUGGGAGUUCUUUCCUCACUCAGAAGCAACCCUGGUAAGAUGGAGAGCUCGUCUGCUGUUGGUCAAGUAGGUCUUUAGGUGGGUCUGAUUCUCAGACCAUUGCACUUUUGUGAUGCAAGAUUCUCCUCUGUUCGGCAUCGUAACUUUGCAUCACAGAAGGAUGGCUUUGCUCUUGGUACGCAUGAGCCCUUUAGGGAUUUGCCCUUUGAUGUUGACGUGGGGAGGCACCAAGCCCAUUUGCUGGCUCCUGGUCCCUUGAUUCUUGGGUUUUUCAAGUUGUUUUCCUUGGUCUAUGGUGGAGUUGGACGGUCCCUCGCCUAUUCUUGGGGAUCUGGCCAUAUGGGUCAGGAGUGUUAUGCAGCACUGCAUCAGGUCGUUAAGGGUUGCUUGGACCCAGGUGUGGCCGUGGGGACUUUGUCCUUUCAGUUGGUGUCCCAUUUCUUACUGGUCCUGAAGCAGGAUUAAGCAGAUCUACUGUUGUACAUCUUUGAUCUUUUUGGAUUGAAUGGCUUCACUGCCUGUCAUACUUUCUGCAUGACCACUUUGGCCCAAGUUCAUCUGCUACUACAGGCUGGAGCUUAGAUAGCAUCCCUGGACUUCAAGGAUGAUUAUAGGCAUGUCCCUAUUCUUCACAAGUUCAGAAACUAGCUAGGUUUUGUUAUGAAGUAUCAAGCUCGCCACUUCAGGGUUCUUCCCUUCGAAUCUGCCUCCCCCCAUCCGCUUCCCAUGUGUUUACCACGUUAGCACGGGUCAUUGUGUUCCAGCUAUGACAUUUAGGGAUGUGUGUGUUGGCUCACUUUGAUGACUGGCUGGUUUAGGGCCCUAGCUAGUCCACAUAUCAGCUGGCCAGGGGUUUGUUUUUCCCAUCUUGAUGGGUUCUAGUUCCUGGUAAAAACUGGUGGAAAUCCCAGUUAGUGCCAUCCCAGGUAUGAACUUGGUUGGGCCUUGAUUGGGACUUAGUUCCCUUCUCUUUCCCUGCCUCCAUCAGUUAUGCUAUGCCUGCAGCUUCACUGCUGUCAGGUGUUAGAUAGGCCCCAGUGACUUGUAGGUUGGCCAAGUGGUUGUUCUAGAGCCUAAACUUUCCCUGUGGCUUUCUUCCUGCUGGGCAGGGUCUGGUACAAUGCUCCAGGCAUUGGACCAAUUUUUCCAGUUCACACUUUGUGCCGCCCUUCAUCAGCUCUUGCUUUGCCAGCUUCCACUUUAGGCUUUUUGGGGUUCAGUUCUGUGGUGAAAUCCCCCCUUGUUGCUCAAUGCAUUCACGGAUACCUUGGUUCUGGUUUGGGGCUUCGUAACCAGCACUCGCCAGGCAAACCAGGUAUAGUGAUCAGGUCCGUAUGUUUGAGCACAUAACAUACCUGCUUGAUGGGGUUCUGGUAUGGUAUGUGAGUUCUUGGCUGUGUGGCAUGUCCUGAGGAUGAUUCAACUUCCUGCAGGCAAUGUGCUCUGUCUACUCCUACUCCUUCGUGGCGGCUAUGUCGGGAGUAGCCGCCACGAAGAUGGGAAGAACAAAAACGUUCCUAAGUACUUGCGUACCUGCUUCGUAAAUCUGGCCCCAGUAUGUCCUAGGCUGAUGAUCUUUCGGCUCAGAGGUUUUAGUGUUCUAACAGGGUUCUGGUGAUGGUAUUUAGUCAGUCUUCUUGGUCACAGUCAGUCGUGUGUUGCUUUGAACUGUAUCUUCUGGCCUGGAUUAUCUUCUUUGUUCUAGUGUCUUCUGCCUUUGCUUCUCCUUGGUAAGUGCCACUUUUGUUCUCUGUGGUUACAGUAGCUAGUUUCAGGGAACCAGGGUCUUCCCCAGAAACCCAACAUUGAAUGUAAUGAAAUGCUAAGGAGCCCUAUUGGCUACUUGACUUCCUCCUUUCUGCCAGAUUUGACAGUUCGUCAGCUCUAGAACUCUCUGGUCGGGGGAGCAAACCGCGACCUGGGGCCAUGCUGCCUGGUGGAGGUGAUCGGUACUAAAGACUUUCAAGGUAAUUUCACUGACUUUCUUGUUCUGUGUGAAUCAUUUACAGUUGUUUGUCGGAUUUGAGGUUUUGUUUUCUGUGAAUCCUCAAGUUGUUUGUAAAGCAUCAGUGGCUUUCUGGUGGGAUGAUGAAUUGUUAUUCGCUCUUUGCACCUCUGUGACGGGCCAGGUUCUGGCUCUGGUCCCUGGUAGGCAAAGCAAAACUAACACGAUUGAUGUGACUAUUAGCAUGGAGAAAUCUCAGCAAGAUAGCUUCAGGGAGUCACCAAGACUCCUCCAGGAAGAGCAUUUCAUUACAUUCAAUUAUAGUACUAAUUAUCUUUCACAAACAAAAUUUUGCAAUGCAGUAUACAUUAUUGGAGAUACUGUAUGAACUUGCUGUAACAAACAAUUUGAAGCAAGGUCUAUUCAUUUCAUAAAGGAUAUCAUUGUAUCCCCUGGAAAACCUCUUCCCAUUCACUGGGUAAUGUGGUUAUCAUAUUGAUUUUAACUAUCUUUGUCUGAAUUUUAUACCAAUGAUGCUAAUAUGGAUAUAAUAGCUCACUAUGGAUGUAGAGCUUACACUCAUAAUUACUAAAACAAUGAUAAGCUGCAGUUGUAUUAUGCCUUCAAUAACCAGAUAGUAAAUAUUAUUGUUAUCACAUAAAAUGUACUUAUACAAUUAUAUUAUAUAUACUGUAAAAUAUACAGUACUUUCUAUUUUUAUUAAAAAGAUGUCUCACAAUAGCAACCAUAGUGCUGAAGAUGGUAAAGAAAAGUGGGAAUAUUUUUCCAUCGAGCAGAAAUUUUAAUUAGCACAUAAGUAGAUGUAGCUGCCUCACUCCAUACUCGCCAUGUGAGGUGGGUGAGGGAGCACUGCCAUGCUUGCUCCGUCCUUCACAUUAUUCCUCCCUCCCUCCCUCACUUAUCACUUGUUGAGAAAGUUAUUUUUAUUAAGUUACCAAACCUUUAUAUGCAUUGCAGCAUUUUUAAUUACAUUUUUUUAACCCCUAAUGAGUGGCUAGGGCAAUACAUUAAUGUCUGCCCAGAUGCAAAUACAGUACUGUUAACACUUUCGCUGCCCCAGCAGGCGACCCGCCGAGCAGUGUGCGUUAACUCACCACCACCAACAAAUGUUUAUACUCUUUUAGCUUUCUGACCUCAAUUUUUGUGCUACGUCAUUCAAUUUGGCAUCAAAUUGUUCGCAAUAGAAUGCUCUAAAGGAAUAUGUGCAUAUAAGAACAUAUGUCUCACUUUUCUAUACUUUCAACAAAAACCCAAUAACUUUUCCCUUGUACGUGUUUCUUUCAAUGCUUUCAUCAUGAAUUGUCUCUGCUGUUGAUCCUAUCUAGAAUUCAAUUUGCAGUGUUUAUAAAGCUGGUACCAACAAAUUCCUGAGAUAAAAUAACCAGUAUAGGGAAACUUUUCGACUCUAGGGGAGGCCGCAGCUGUCAUAAGCGAGAUCACGAGAACUGUGAGCCUCCAAUGUGGGUGGGUGUCCACAGGGAGUGGUCAGGAUGCCACAUGGGUUAUACAGAGAAUGUGCAGAAGUUGGUGCACAUUUUAAAACAAGUCCCAUAGUAUACAGACAAUAAAUGGAAUUUCUACAAAUUUGUAAAAAUUAUUGACGCUGUUUACAUCAAUGGGCAUACAUUGUAUUCUGGUUUUAUGACAUCGACGUCAUCAUCAGGCAGUGAAUGUUUUAAUUCCAAAAAAUUGGAUAGUAUAAAAUAGUAAAAUCCAAAAAUUAAAAAAAUAAGUUUUUCCUUAUAGAAUGAUAAUUUGGAUGGAAAAUGUAUGGAGAAGUGAAGGUACACUAAAUAUCUAAAUUUUUUAAUACGUUUAUUUGAUAAUAUAAUUUGCAAAAUAUGUUAUAUUAAAAACACUUUCGUGUUCUGAUGAUGUUAAAACACGUACUGUACUCCAACAGUAAACAUUCCAAUGUCACUAAAAUUCAUCAUCCAAUUGCUAAAUCGUUAAUUUUCAGUUCCUGAGCUAUUCUGUUUACAUCAGUCAGUACAAAAACUUACAAAAAAAUCAUUAUUAUUGUGUGGACAGAGCAUCUAUAGGGCACGGGUGGAUCGACCAGUGCUUCCUGCUUGUUCAUGAGACAUACUUUCAUAUAUUAAUUGUUGUCACACACAAUUUCUCAAAUUCAUGGUUUUUUGUAUCUGUACUCUAGAGAAUUCAUUUGCCAACAUUUUGACAUCAAACUUGUAAUUAUAACCCAACAAACAACUUGGAUUUUUUUUUUUUAAUAACCCAAUAAAAAAAGGCAAAAUGAUUGUAAGCAUUUUACGGGUUGCUAGCAGGGUCCCGGUGAGCCAAGAAAAUUUACGGUCAGGGACAUGUGGAGAGGCAGAAAUGCAAGUCUUAAAAGAUUUUAUGCCCUACAACAGUUUACAAUUACUGACAGUUUAGGAGGCUGGUUGCACAUCAAUAUCUUGAUGGCUAGGUUUAGGUGAACAAUCAUCACUGAAACGAACAUUUGUUUGUUCCACUGAACAACUUGCAUAGAACAAACUGUUUGGACUGUUCAGGAAUUCUUUAUUGUCCAGUUCAUUAGAGUGAAAGGACCUACUGUAAUAUGUUUAGGGAUUUAUAUUCCAUUUAGGCGGCUUAUGAUUUUCGUCCAAUUUUGAUUUUAAAUGUAAACAGAAUGUGUGUGUUGACUUAUGUAAACGUGGGUACAGGAUAAGAUCUAUGGUACAGCAUACUAUAGUAACCUGUAUUGCUUAUAGUAUAUUUUUUCAUGUUGUACUCUGAUUUAUACUGUCUUUUGUGUAUUGACUAUUGAAUACUGCAUACCUGCAGUGUAUUUAAUGUUUGUAGGGUUUUUUUCCAAAGGAAACGGUUCCUUAUUUUUAUUUCACUUGGUAUUUUAUUUGUAUAUAUACCAAUGCAUAGAAAAUGUGGUUGUUUGUGAGCACUAUGAUUUAUAGUACAUCAUAUUUUGUCCAUUGGGGACAUAAUUUUGACAUCAAAAUACAGAGUAUUAUUCGAGA